AUGGCCAAAAGCAUACUUCAACCCAAACCCGCUGUUGUUUGCGGAACCAUGGUGGUUCUGUUAAUGCUUUGGACUCUCUGGCCAUCAAACUUUGCGACCAUUUCAGAACUGACGAAGUUGACAGAUGCGGCCGUAGGUACGCCCGCCUGCAGCACGGCGCCGAACGGUAGCCUGAGCUUGCACCACGAUGACCCAGCCAACACAACAUUCUACGACGACCCAAAUCUGAGCUACUCCAUAGACAAGCCAAUAAAGAACUGGGACAAGAAGCGACGGCAAUGGCUGAACCAUCACCCCUCAUUUGCCGCAGCCGGCGAGCGCAUUUUCGUCUUGACGGGGUCGCAGCCGUGGCCAUGCAAGAACCCAAUAGGCGAUCACUUGCUGCUCAGGCUUUUCAAGAACAAGGUCGACUACUGCCGAAUCCACGGCUACGAUCUCUUCUACAAUAACGCUUUGCUUCAUCCGGCCAUGCCCGCUUAUUGGGCCAAGAUCCCCGUGGUCCGAGCCGCCAUGCUGGCCCACCCGGAGGCCGAGUGGAUCCUUUGGGUCGACUCCGACGCCGUAUUCACCGACAUGGACUUUAAGCCCCCACUCGACAGGUACAAAAGCCACAACCUCGUGGUCGACGGCUGGCCCAAUUUGAUCUACGAGAAGAGGAGCUGGGUCGCGGUGAACGCCGGCGUGUUUCUGAUCAGAAACUGCCAGUGGUCGAUGGACUUCUUGCAAGUAUGGGCCGGAAUGGGCCCACAGACUCCAAACUACGAAAAGUGGGGCCAAAUCCUAACAUCUACUUUGACGGAUAAGAUGUACCCGAAUUCGGAUGAUCAGUCGGCUCUGGUUUAUUUGCUGCUGAAAGAGAAGGCGAAAUGGGGGCCCAAGAUCUACAUUGAGAACCAGUACACGUUGAGUGGGUACUGGGCCGGGAUAUUGGGCUCGCUGGACAGCAUCGGAGACGGCUACGUUAAAGUGGAGGAGGCGGCGGCGAGAGAGUUGAGGCGGCGGGACGGGGAGAAAAUGUGGGAGCAUUACGCGGCGAUCAGGGAUGCGUAUCUUAAGGAUGGAGGGGCGGCGAGACGGCCUUUCAUCACGCAUUUCACGGGAUGUCAGCCGUGUAGCGGGGACCACCCGGGUUACACCGAUGAAGCCUGCUGGAACGGCAUCGAAAAGGCCUUGAAUUUCGCUGAUAAUCAGGUGCUCCGCAGCUACGGCUUCGUGCGCCCGGAUCUACAGAAUUCCUCCUCCCUGUUGCCCCUUUCUUUCGAUUUUUCGUCCCUAUAAAUCAUUUAUGAAUUAUGACAAACCACCUUCUUUUUUUUUUUUUUUUUUCUUCACAGGUAAUUUAAUAGUGUUUAUGGUCUAUGUGCUUUGCUUUUCUUCUUCUUUCUUUUUUUUUUUUUUUCUUCCGAAAUUCUGUAUCGCCUCCUUUAAGGGCCCAAUUGUGUACUUAUAUUUAAUUUUAUUU